CAAACGUCAAAGUGGCGAUUUGUCAACAAUCGGUUUGGUGAUGUGUUUAAAAUUUCGUUCUGUGUUGUAAAUUACUGUAAAUAGUACACCUUCUUGUUAGCGUGUAAGUGUUGCUGCGUUAAAAAGUUAUCAACCAAUGGCCGGAACCAAAAGCACAGUGGACGAACGUCUGAUCGCUCGGUUUAAUCAGGAGCUGGGAGCGGAUCUUAAAAACUUCCACAAAUGUGGCGAUUUAGCCAAGUAUUAUCGGUCCGAGCUGGAGGAUUUACGGGACAAGAUCACAUUGACCGAUGCCGCAUGCAUUCCAAGCGUAAAGAACCUAAUCGAAGCGGGUCGACACAAGCUAGAGGAGCUAGACGAGAAAGAGACCAGUUUGGAUGAUUUUGCGGAAAAGGUAAGCGACCGGAUCGAGCUGUACCAGCGGCUGAUGAAGGAGGUCGGUGACAAGAUGCGAGAGAUACGGGUGCUGCAGACCGUGCGCGAUUAUAUGGCGCUGAUAAAGGACAUUGAGAACGUCAGCCAGGAGCUGGAAGCGUCCGUCAAUGGAAAGGAUGAUAGUAAACCGAUCGCCCUGUACGUGGCGCUAACCGGGCCGAACAGCAUACUCGAUCGUAUCGGUGGCAUAGAGGCGCCGCAGCUGAAAAUGUACGCCCGCAACACGGCAUUUCACUGGCACGAGGUGCUGACGGCGAAAUAUUCGGCCGAAUUUGAGGCGCUGCUCAAGGUUAUCAAAUGGCCGAACCUGAACCAAGCGCUGGAUCCGUUUAAUCCGUCGAAGGAUCACAUCAACAAGCUGGUGCUGCUGGCGGAACAUCUGUUCCUGGUGAAGUUGCCCGGUGACCAGGACCUGCUGAACGUUAGGCUAACGCCGUGCAUCAUCUGUCCGCACUACACGACACCGGUGGAGCUGUUUGUGAAGCCGUUCCGGUUGCGGUUCCAGUUUCACUUUACCGGCAACAAGCAAACGAACCGGUUGGACCGGCCCGAGUGGUACCUGACGCAGGUGCUGACCUGGGCGAAGGAAAAUCACAUCUUCGUGGGGCAGCACUUUCAAUCGCCGGCACUGAGGGCAGGCAUUGCGAACAGCAGCGUGCGGCUGGAGUUCGUACGCGGAUUGGUACAGCUAGCAAUCGAGAAGCUGAUCGUAGACAUUGAGCAGAUCGUGCAGGACGAGGCGCUGUUUGCGCAUCUCAUCGACGAGGUGCUGCCGUUCGAGCAGGAUCUGAAAACAUCGCUCGGCUACCCGAACAGCUACCCGAGCGUGGUGUCGGUGCUGGUGCAGCCGCUCUAUUUCCUCAAGUGGAUGGCAAUCGAGAAGAAGUUCACGACGGAUAAGAUGGAUGCGAUGCUCAACACGGAGGAUCCCUUCGAGCUGCUCGAUCCGGCCAACUUGGAUGAGCUAAAAAUUCCCAAAUGUGCCGACCAGUUUGUACGCCUGCUGGACGCAAUUAAGGAGCGAUACUGUUGCCUUCCGCAGCCGAGCCAGCAGCUGCAGUUCCUGGAGCUACAGCUCGAGCUGAUCGACAACUUCCGGUGUCGCCUGCUGCAGCUGUACAACGACGGUGUGAAUCCGACCAAAAUUCUCAACGCGCUCAACUAUCUCACCUCGGUGUUGCGCGAAUGGGGCGAGAACGUGCACUACCUCCAUCUGCAUGCGGCUCUUUAUGGGCCCGACGCGGACGAAAUCAGUUCCGUGUUUGACCGUACAAUCGAGGAGCUCAGCUACUGCCACCAGAAGCUGGUGGAGGAGCUGGUGACGUGGAUCGUGCACGAAAUCACGUCCCGUUCGCGCCCGUACCGGUACGAUCUGUGGCCCUCGAUGAAUCCGCACGAUGCGAAAGAAACGCUGAUGGUGUCGCCGUCCGCGAGCGAAAUGUUUCAAACGACCAUCAACCACCUGCACGACAUGGAGCAGGAACUGUCGCCGAACGUGUUCAUGGUCGUGGUGCGCAUGAUCGCCACCGAGCUGGACCAGUGGAUGAUCUCGACCAUGGUGAUGAACGCCAAGUUUUCGAGCGGUGGCGCACAACAGUUUCACUUCGAUAUGACGCGCAACCUGUUCGGGCUGUUUAGUCAGUAUGCGAAGAAGACGAAUUUGCUGUUUAAACGGAUUAAUGAUACCUGCACGCUGCUUACGUUGCCCCUUGGAUCGGCCAUCCUGCUUCGAGAGACGCUACUUUCGGAGGCGAACGAUGAUGGGGCCGGUUUGGCGCGCGCCCUGCAAGAGGUGGGUUUAACCAUUUUCGAUAAAAACACUACGCUCGCGGUGCUCGACCGACGAAACGAUAUGCCACGGAUUGGCUGAGAUCAUAAGAGCAGAAUAAACUGAAACCAAAUGCGCUUGUUCCUUCCGGGUUAAAAAAAAGGUAAA